CCCAAAAGAAUUGACCAAUCAGUGGAAGAACCAGAGAUUUACAUUGUCGGUGCUUGGAGAUUUAUGCGGCCGAUGGUCGGAGAUUUACAUCGCCUGCAAUCAAAGUUAGGUGAUUGUCAAAAGAAAUAUUAAUAAUAAAGUUCUUGCCAUACCCAAAUGUUUAUAUAUAUACCAACUUGAUAUCACGAAAAUCGAAAGCAACAAAAUGGAGCUCAGGGGAGGCAACCUCUGUUUCUUGUACUUGUUCUCUGUUUUCUUCAUUUUCUCUGUUUUUUUAGCUCAAAGCUUCAAACAAGAUGAAGAACAAGUCCAAAGGUCUCAAUUCCCAGAUGGCUUCUUCUUUGGUACAUCCACUUCAUCUUAUCAGGUUGAAGGUGCUUAUCUUGAAGAUGGUAAGGGCUUAAGCAACUGGGAUUUUUUCACUCAAAUUCCAGGAAAAAUAGCGGAUGAUGACAAUGGAGAAGUUGCAGACGACCAUUACAACCGCUACUUGGAAGACAUUGAGCUGAUGCAUUCCUUAGGAACAAAUGCAUACCGGUUCUCCGUUUCCUGGGCUAGAAUUCUACCUGAUGGGAUGCUCGGCUCAGUCAAUCCAAGAGGGAUUAUCUUUUAUAAUAAACUUAUAGACAAUCUUCUAAGCAAAGGAAUAGAGCCAUUUGUGACAAUUCACCACCAUGACCUGCCCCAAGUACUAGAACAAAGAGACGGGGGUUGGCUCAGUCCGGUAUUAAGGGAAGAGUUUGUACAUUUUACCUCUAUAUGCUUUGAGAGUUUUGGAGAUAGGGUAAAGUACUGGGUUACCAUAAAUGAGCCCAAUAUGAUGGCUAAAUUUGCCUAUCUCAAAGGACUAUAUCCACCGGCUCAUUGUUCUCCACCAUUUGGCAAUUGUUCCACUGGCAAUUCUGACAUUGAGCCUCUUAUUGGAAUGCACAACAUGUUAAUAGCACAUGCUAUGGCUGUUGAAAUGUAUCGUACUUUUUUCUGGCCGAAACAAAAUGGGUUUAUUGGAAUUGUUGCGCAUGCAUUCAUGUAUGAACCGCUCAGGGAUGAAGAAAGGGAUAGGGAUGCUGUUGAUAGAGCCUUGGCUUUCAAUGUGGCCUGGACAUUUGAUCCUGUAGUGUAUGGAGAUUACCCCGCUGAAAUGCGCCAUUGCCAUGGCUUGGAGUUACCAAGGUUUUCCGCCAAAGAGAAACAGCUUUUGAGAGGAAGCAUAGACUUUAUCGGUGUCAACCACUAUUCAACUCUAUAUGUCAAGGACUGUAUUCACUCUCCUUGCCCCUCUGGGGGUGACCGUCCCAUCAUGGGAUUUCUCAACACAACUGGGUAUCGAGAUGGGGUUCCAAUUGGAGAACCGACUGGACUGGAUGAUUUCUUCCUUGUUCCAAGAGGCAUGGAGAAGAUCAUUGACUAUGUUAAGCAAAGAUACAAUAACAUGCCCAUGUUUGUGACUGAAAAUGGAUGCACUUUACAAACACAAGAGAAUGAACUAGAAGACGGGGAUCGGAUCAACUUUCACAAAUCUUAUCUUGCCUCUUUAGCCAGAGCAAUAAGAAGUGGUGCUGAUGUACGUGGAUAUUUCGUUUGGUCCGUGAUGGAUAAUUUUGAAUGGAUCAAUGGAUACACCAAAAGAUUUGGCUUAUAUUAUGUUGAUCGGGAAACACUUGAGCGAACUCCAAAGCUUUCUGCAGGAUGGUUUGCUAGUUUCAUCAGAAACAAUAGUCACAACGACAGGGAAGAAAUUAGGGCCGCUUCAGGUCAUAACAAGACUAUUAUAUUUAGCCAACUGGAAGCUAAAGUUGCGGAAAUGUAGUUUAUAUCACACAUUCACUUCCAUUUGUUGCAUGUUUCUCUCUUUUAUCUAGAGGCAUAUAUGCAUAUUGAAUCAUCAUUUUUAAAUAAGGAAAUGCUGUGAUUAAGAGGGUUUCUGUAUACUUGAAA